AUUUUGAAAUAAUACUCGAGAUUAUAUUUUUGAAUAGAAUUAGACGACAGCGACCUCAUUAUGUAUCCAUGACAUCAUCCGAUUCGACCCGAAACUUUCCGGAAAUUGCCGAUUGUCUCCUUGCGGGCUAUCGCAAGAAGGAGAUUCCCCUCAUAGGAGACAAGCCUAUAGGGGUCCUUCGUGGAAGGACUUCCAUGCGAUCUUGGUCAACCAUUCAUCGUGAUCUGGACGUUUUGCAAUGAGUUUAAAGCAAGGGAAGAACUCAACUGUCUCUCCAGGCCCUCAACAGAUACAAGUACAAGCACAGAGUGGAGGACCUAAUUCCAGAACACUAAGAGGUGGCCCACCUCCAAGACCAGAAGACUAUCACCAGCCCAGAGCAAUCCCAGCAUACACCCAUCCUGGAUCGGCAGCUCAGCAGCAGGGCUUGCCAAUCCAGCAGGGGAGGCACCCCCACACUGCCCCCUCCCCUCAUGACAUGAACAAAGGCCAAGUCAGCAGCCAGGGCCCCCCUCCCGUGGUGGGCACCCCCCCUACAGGCCCCUCCCCGGGUCCGCAAAUGUCCCAACAGACUCAGAUGUAUGCUUCAGUAUCCAUGUCACAAGGCCACAGGUCGUCCCAGCCGGGAAUGGGCAGACACAUGCAGCACCACAAGGGAGGUCCGAGACAGCACCAAGGUCCGAGACAAGGCCACCAGCCCUACUACAGAAGUUCGGGUCCCACAGCCAAUGGCAGAGUGCCGUACCAAACGGGGCCGAGAUAUAGCGCUCCCCAGACGGUCACGUCGGCGCCGCCCCCUCAGAUGUUCCAGCACCCGAACCAGAUGAUUCCUGGCCAUGUCCCGCAGCAAGCGUACCCACAACCCACGCUGUUCAUACCCCAACAGUACCCCCCUGUAUUGCAGUAUCGUCCGCAAGCCAUCCCCCAUUUCCAACCACCACAGCCGACCAUCCAGAGCGCCACGGCGUACUUCCAGCCGGCGCCACAGGGCCCUGGACCGGGCGGCACCCAGGCCACCUACAGGACAGGCGGGGAACAGCUACAAUAUUUCCAGAGUUAUGGGUACGCGCCCCAGGCCCAGCCCAUGCAGACGACCCAGCAGCAGAGGCCGCCCUCGAUGCCCACAGGACAGAUCACCAUGAUCCCUUCCCAGCAGCCCCCACAGCCGCCUCAGCAGGUAACCCCGCCUCUCCAACAACAGACUCAGCAGCAGCAACAGCAGCUGCCCCAGAAGAGGGAGAGGAAGAUCAUCAAGAUCACAGACAACACGGGGCGGGACGUGACAGAGGAGAUCCUGAGCGGGGGCAGUGGGAGCAGUAACCCCACCCCACCCAACUCGGGCAGGUCAAGUGCCACAGCCACACCGCCGCAGACUCAGCAGCAAGCUGCCCCUCCCACCAAGCCAGGUGAGAACACCAACACCAACACCAGUAUUGCUGCGCAGUUUGCAGCGCAGGUGGCCGCCACCUUGGACACCUCCCCAACCCCCAACAAGGACACGUCUGCGACCAGCGCCGGAUCCAGCAGCAUCUCCGCGCCCAAGGAGGCGACCGGGAAAUCCGAGAGCCCCAAGCCGGGACAGGUUGCGGCGCCCGCAGCGGCGGCGGUGCUCACUACUCCGACGAUCCAGCCUGAGACUCCCGCGGUCGUUCCCAGAACUGAGGAGCAGUCUGUACCGUCGGAGCAGGCGGCGGUGCCCGUUGCCGUGGAUACGCCGGCGUACGUUCCCGUUGCCGAACCGUCUCCUGCAAAGGCGGAGCAACCUGCCGCUGCCACUACGAUAGCCAGCGAUGACACAGACUCUGUCGUUUCCAAAAGGGCGGAGCCUGUUGCCGCGGAAACCAAGCCUGUUGCCAUGGGAACCAAGCCGGUCGCUGCCGCGGCGGACUCGAAACCCGUCGUCGCCGCCCCUCCUACAGUGAGCAAAGACUCGAACCCCCCACCCCCAGUCCCCAAAUCUGCACAAUCUAUGGUUGUAGAUAGCAAAGACAAAGAUGCAACUAAGGACCGUAAUGCAGUAGUUGCAACAGAGUCGGAACAGAAACCUGUGGAAAACAAAACUUCAGCAGCAAAGCCCAAAUUGCCCGAGGAAGUUGCCAAGGCUCCUCCCGCAGACGUUACGAAAGCUCCCGAGACGAAAUCGGAAGAGAAGCCGGCUGCGGAAGUGGCUGCGAAGAAGCCUGCGGGGGAGACCGUCGCGCCCGAGAAGGCCGCUGCGCCGACCGCUGUGGAAGAAGUAAACGAUGAAUCACCACAGGCUAAACAAGUAGCAAAGAAGUCUCAGAAGAAGAAGAUGAAGGAGUUGAAUAAGAAGGGGGACAGUAAAGACACAGACCUAAUGGAUGCAUUCAGAGAAAAAGAUGAGAGCCAAACAGUAGAAGAGCCAAAGCCUCAAGAGGAGCCAAAGACUGAGACUCCCCCUCCCCCACCCCAGGCCAAGCCUGAAGAAACUAAGGUAGAAGUGAAAGUAGACCCACCAAAGGAAGAGAAACCAGAAGUGAAGGAGGCGCCGAAAGCCCAGGUUGUUCCUCCCAAGGUCGAACCUCCUGCGCCCAAGGUCGAGACGUCGGCGGCUCCGAAGGAAGACUCGCCGGCGCCCAAAGUGGACGGGGUGACCAACAAUAAUGAGACAGAGGAGAAUGAUGAAGAUGUAGUAGAGAUAGAAGACAAAUCUGGAUUAAAAUAUAAAUAUAGGGAAGACCAGUGGAGUCCAUUGAAUCCUGAGGGGAAGAAGCAAUACGACAGGAGUUUCCUCCUGCAAUUCCAGCCCGAGUGCAUUGACAAGCCCGACGGACUGCCAAAGAUCGUAGAUGUCGUUCUAGACAAGCCUCUAAUUAUCACGCCGCAGCAGAUGCAGGGGCGGCCGCAAGAUUUCAGGGGAAUGGGAGGGUUCAACAAAGGCGGCCCCCCGGGUAUCCCUGACCUGAUGCCAUCCUACAUGAAGUCGCCAGGGGGAGGACAUGGAAGAAUGGUACAUGGCCCUAACAUGGGCAGACAGCAGAGUCGCGGUGGGAACAGGAGAGAGCCCAGGAAGAUCAUCCCCAGUCUGACCAACCGGUUGGACGAUGUCGAGCUCAACAAGUCCGAGAACGCCUGGAAACCUUCUUCAACGAUAAAGAAAGGGUCGGAGAAGAGUCCAGAGGAGAAGGAAACUGACGAAAUCUUCAAGAAGGUGCAGGGUAUCCUGAACAAGCUGACUCCUCAGAAGUUCCAGACUCUGUGUCAGCAGGUCCUGGAUCUGGACAUCGUGACGGAGGAGAGACUGAAGGGGGUCAUUGACCUGGUGUUCGAGAAGGCCAUCACGGAGCCCAACUUCAGCGUCGCAUACGCCAACAUGUGCCGGUGCCUCAUUCAUCUGAAAGUGCCCAUGAAGGACAACCCCAAACAGACCGUCAAUUUCCGCAAGCUGCUGCUCAACCGUUGCCAACGAGAGUUCGAGAAGGACAAAGACGAUGAGCUGAAGAAAGACGAAAGGAUGAAGAAAAUAGAGCUAGCCAAGAACGAGGAUGAGAAGAAGAUGAUGGAAGUAGAACUGGAACAGGAGAUGACGAAAGCCAGGAGACGAUCGCUGGGUAACAUCCGCUUCAUCGGCGAGCUCUUCAAACUGAAGAUGCUGACGGAGAACAUCAUGCACGACUGUGUGGUCAAACUUCUCAAGUCCAACGACGAGGAAUCCCUGGAGUGUCUGUGCAGACUGCUCACCACGAUAGGCAAGGACCUGGAUUUCGAGAAAGCAAAGCCCCGGAUGGACCAGUACUUCCAGCAGAUGGACAAGAUCAUCAAGCAGAAGAAGACGUCUUCAAGAGUCAGGUUCAUGAUCCAAGACGUCCUGGAGCUCAGGAUGAACAACUGGGUGCCAAGAAGGGAUGACAACAACCCCAAGACCAUCGACCAGAUCCACAAGGAGGCUGAACUGGAAAGCCAGCAGCAGAACCUGAAACUGGCACAGUUGAAACAGGACAGACGAGGGCAGGACAGAAGAGGGGGUGGAGGAGGAGGGGGAGGUAGGAAUGUCCCUCAGGCUGCUAGUACCCAGGACGGGGAUGGUUGGAACACGGUCCCUGUCGGCAAGAGUGCGCGCGUCUCCAUCGAUCCCAACAGACUCAAGUUCUCCAAGCAACAGUUUGACGAUGGUAACAUCCAGCUGGGCCCCGGCGGCCGUCCUGGCGCGUUCGGCGGCUGGAUGAAGGGCAGCAGCGGCGGAACGGGCGCCAAGUCCGCACAGCAACAGCAGCAACAGCAGCAGGAGGAUUCUGGGAGAUCUACACCUUCGAACAGAUACUCUGCACUAAGUGGUGAUAUGAGCUAUGAUGCCUCCAGGAGAAACACAAGCAGAGGAGGCUCGGGCUCCAGAGACAACAGUAAGACAGGACGUGGGCAGCAGCAAGCCCCUGCCAUCGGCCGCAGGAACAGCAGGGACCAGGCGCGGGACGAUCAGAGGUUCGCGCGGGAUUCCGUCGUCGACUCCCUCAAGAGAAUCGAGAGCGUUGGAUCGAGAAGAUCUCAGUCGGGAGAGCGGCCAGAAAGACCAGAGAGAGUGAGGGAAGAACCAGAGAAAGAAAGGAGACAAGGAGAGAAGUCGCGUCCGUCCCCCACCCCGUCCCCAGCCCCUCCCCCCGCCGCUACUCCGCAGCUGGAUAGAGCAGGGAUGGAAAAGAAGUCUCAGGCCAUUCUGGACGAGUACCUGGGCAUCCGGGAUCUCAAGGUGGGUCAUGAAAUCUUAACUCUCGCCUGUUCUUCACUACUUUGUCAAUCUUUCUACUAUUUUAAGAGAGGCCAUCAGAUGUGUGAAGAGACUUCCCUUAUCAAAGUUGACUAUACAUUGGACGAGAGCCGAGCGUUACCUAGGAAACCCGAGCCUCUAACGAUGGACAGGAUACAGGAUGAGCUGGAGAGAUUACUCAUGAAGGACAGGGCUGACAACGAGAAGAUUUUUGACUGGAUCGAGGCCAGCGUAGAUGAAGCCACGACGAAGGAACGAACAUUUAUCCGUGCCUUGAUGACAGCCGUGUGUAGAAGUGCAAUCACAGGUGAAGGUUCCAACCUGAGGUGCGACACCCAGGGUAUCCAGAAGAGAGUGGUUCUGUUGCAGAAGUACCUGGACAACGAGAGCACCAGAGAGCUACAGGCGCUCUUCGCACUACAGGCACUCAUGGUGCAACUGGACCAGCCGCCAAAUCUGCUUAGAAUGUUCUUUGACACACUUUACGACGAAGAUGUAAUAUCGGAGGACGCCUUCUAUGCCUGGGAGUCGAACACGGACCCAGCAGAGCAAGAGGGAAAGGGAGUCGCGUUGAAAUCCGUGACUGCCUUCUUCACAUGGUUAAGAGAAGCGGAGGAGGAAGAGACGGAUAGCUGAAACCCCCUUACACAGCCUCAACUGAUGCAUAUACAUAAAUCAGAUUAUUGAAACCCCGGUAUACGAGGCUGAGUGGAAUUAAAAUAGGGCUGCGUUAUCAUGGUCAGCUCUGACAACAAAACGAAAAGAAGCAUCCGUAAUUUAUUUUAUGUCUGAAGGGGGAAGAAAGAAAAAAAAAUGCAGUGUACGACGGAUAGAAAUGAAGAAAAAAUGAUGAUAAUGUAGUAAGAGGCCAUAGUUCCAGCUAAAAGCAGUAGAUUUCUAGCACUACUGAAAUGUAUCUUCCAAGUCCAAAUGAAUUCUGUUAGCUGGAAAUAUGGCCAAUCUAACCAUGCAGCAUUGUAGUUGGAAAGGAGAAGCAGCAAGAAAAAAAAAGAAUACAUGUGCUCUGACAAGCUUUGUAUAUGUACAUGCUCUUACAAUCAAAUUGACAAUUUUUCCUUUCUGCAGAGAAUAAAGAAUAAUUUAUUAUUGCAGAAGACUGACUAAGAUGUGCGACACCAACAUUUGUAUUCAAAGAACGCAAGUUCUGGUGUCUGCAAUGAAGUUCUCAGAAAGCAGUUCUGAGAAAAUGAAAUAAAGCAGUUGAAUGUGAUACGAUGUCGUCUCAAAAUCUCUGCUGUCAAUGUCCGACCAAGGCGCAUUUCUGUAGGGCGAUGGAGUAGAAGACAUGCUUGCAAUCGGUCAGCUAUUCAAGAGCCUCGUGGGAGAUGUAGAAUGCGAUGACACGUUUUAUACGCUAAUGCUGACCAACUCUGUGCUUCCUAAGAAAAAAAGAAAGAAUUGAGGUGGAAAAAGAAGAUAUAGUCCACUUUUUGCAAAUCAGAAAAAGAAAGCAGCGAGCAAAGAAAA